UACAGUUGCAGUCGGUCAACGUUGUCGCGGAGGCACUGGCAGCAGACAACGUCGCGUGCAGUCAAGGACUCUGAGCAGCACAAACUCAACCUACAACAAGAGGCAGAGCUUGUAAAGUAUAUACAAGAACUCACUACCCGUCGCUUACCACCUACAAGAGAGAUGAUACGAAAUUUCGCCUCUGCUGUAGCGCAGGAGACGCUCUCUGAUAGCUGGGUCACUCGCUUCCUCCACCGUCACAACAACUGCCUCCUGCCACGUUGGGCCUCCGCUAUGGACUCCAAUUGCCACUACGCCGAGUCAUAUACUAAGUAUAAACAGUACUUUGAUAUACUCUACUCUAAGAUUGAUAAGUACAACGUAGAGCCAGAAAACACAUACAAUAUGGACGAGAAGGGCUUUAUGAUAGGGGUCAUUGGGAGGUCAAAAAGAGUAUUCAACAAGCGUCAAUAUGAGAGGAAGGAGGUGCGGCAGUCUAUACAAGCUAGUAACUGGGAGUGGGUGACAGUGCUAGCUUGUGUAUGUGCUGAUGGGAGUGCUUUACCACCUGGUAUUAUAUAUGAGGCAGCUGGGCCAGCUAUACGAUCGAGCUGGGUGGACGAUAUCAAACCAGAACAGCACUUAGCACACUUCACUACAUCCCCUACAGGCUAG